UUUUUAAAAUUUAAAAAAAUUUUUUUCAGUGGAGGUACUGGGAAUUGAACCCAGGACCUUGUACAUACUAAGCAUGCACUCUACCACUGAGCUAUAUACCACCCCACAAUUGCUUUUAAUUCAAACAUAGUAAGUGCUCAAACUCUUUUAUUUGUGUCAUGGAGAAGGCUGGGAGGGCAGGAGAGGAGGAGAGAAGGGAGAGUAUAGGGCAGUGAGAAGAGAUAUUUGGACCUGGACUUUGAGGUCCUAUAAGAUUGCUAUUCAAAGGAAGAUUUGAUCUCCUAAAGAACUAUAAUUUGGAGCAAGACAGAUGGGGGUUAGACCAAAGGGAGAAUUUUCUAGUGGUCCAGAUAGGUACCAGAAUAGAAAAAGGGAGGCUAGAAUUAGACAUGGGUCAGCUUCCUUAACAAGGCCUAGGUAGGGGACGGGAAGGGGAAGCAAGGGUGAGAAAGGGAAGGCCGAAGUGGGAGACCAUGGAGUCAAGGAGGGAGACCAGGAGGUGAGAAGUUGACUAUGAGAUAGGAAGAGGAGGCGCAUGGGAGGGGAGGAGAAAAGAAAAAUGGGUGAUCAGGUAGGGAAUGACAUUAAGACCCCUGGGUUCUGCUCAUCAUCAGACAAACCUGGAGCUUCUGAGGGGAGGCAGAAGAGAGAAGGAUCUCGGGCCACCAGGAAGCCCUCAGAGCCUAGGGCACCGCAGCCCAGUGCCCUCUGGCCCCUGUGCUGUUGACUCAGCCGGUCCACACUUCCUCUUUCUACGCUAGGCAUCUCUUCCCCUCCCCCACCUCUUGACUGCCAGUAUGGCUGCAGCUGAGAGUCAGGUCCAGGCCCCAAGGUCCAGGCUGGGGACUCUCUGGGUUCUAAAUCUCUGUCCCUGGGCACCAAUCAGUGUCCUCUGACUUGGGGUUCAUGCCCUCAGCCUCAGCCAUCUGGAUCCAGCUUUUUGGUUUCUGAGAGGCAGGGAAACCUUGGAGGGAGUGGUCUUGUCAGCUUGUCUUCCUGUUCUCUGUCAUCUUAAGAAUGGAGGGAAAAUCCGGGGGUCUGAGGUGACCACUGAGGAAGGUCCUGGAAUAGGUAGAAAGCAUGAUGUCCCAUCUCACCUCCUCAGGUUUUGCAAGGGAGACUCAGGGAUUUGAGGAGGGACAUGAAAAAGGUCAGGGAGAAUGACUUGACCCGCCAAGAGCAGGGGGAAGAAGGAGAAGAGAGAGCUGAUGGGAAAUGCCAGCCUCCGAGGUUCUGCAGAAGGGCCCACAGUGCACACCAUCUCAUCGGAGACAAGAACUGACAUUGCAGCCAGAGGAUGGAGGGUAGAUGCCAGCAAGGACUUCCUAGACUAAUUGGACCCGGGAAAAGGAGAAGAUGAAGGAAGCCAAGGAUGCCCGCUAUACCAACGGGCACCUCUUCACCACCAUCUCCGUUUCGGGCAUGACCAUGUGCUAUGCCUGUAACAAGAGCAUCACAGCCAAGGAAGCCCUCAUCUGCCCAACCUGCAAUGUGACUAUCCACAACCGCUGUAAAGACACCCUCGCCAACUGUACCAAGGUCAAGCAGAAGCAACAGAAAGCCGCCCUGCUGAAGAACAACACUGCCUUGCAGUCUGUUUCACUUCGCAGUAAGACCACCACCCGGGAGCGGCCUAGCUCUGCCAUCUACCCCUCCGACAGCUUCCGGCAGUCUCUGCUUGGCUCCCGCCGCGGCCGCUCCUCCUUGUCUUUAGCCAAGAGUGUUUCUACCACCAACAUUGCUGGACACUUCAAUGAUGAGUCUCCACUGGGGCUGCGCCGGAUCCUCUCCCAGUCCACAGACUCCCUCAACAUGCGGAACCGGACCCUGUCAGUGGAGUCCCUCAUCGAUGAAGGUGCAGAGGUGAUCUACAAUGAGCUGAUGAGUGACUUUGAGAUGGAUGAGAAGGACUUUGCAGCUGAUUCCUGGAGCCUUGCUGUGGAUAGCAGCUUCUUGCAGCAGCAUAAAAAGGAGGUGAUGAAGCAGCAGGAUGUCAUCUACGAGCUAAUCCAGACAGAGCUGCACCAUGUGCGGACGCUGAAGAUCAUGACCCGCCUCUUCCGCACGGGGAUGCUGGAAGAGCUGCAGCUGGAGCCAGGGGUGGUCCAGGGCCUGUUCCCCUGCGUGGACGAGCUCACUGACAUCCACACACGCUUCCUCAGCCAGCUGUUAGAACGCCGGCGCCAGGCCCUGUGUCCCGGCAGCCCCCGGAACUUCGUCAUCCAUCGCUUGGGUGACCUGCUCAUCAGCCAGUUCUCAGGUCCCAGCGCAGAGCAGAUGCGUAAGACCUACUCAGAGUUCUGUAGUCGCCACACCAAGGCCUUAAAGCUCUAUAAGGAGCUGUACGCCCGAGACAAACGCUUCCAGCAGUUCAUCCGGAAAGUGACCCGCUCAGCUGUGCUGAAGCGGCAUGGGGUACAGGAGUGCAUCCUGCUGGUGACUCAGCGCAUCACCAAGUACCCGGUGCUCAUCAACCGGAUCCUGCAGCAUUCCCAUGGGAUUGAGGAGGAACGCCAGGACCUGAUGAUGGCACUGGGGCUGGUGAAGGAGUUGCUGUCCAACGUGGAUCAGGAUGUGCAUGAGCUGGAAAAAGGGGCCCGCCUGCAGGAGAUCUACAACCGCAUGGACCCUCGGGCCCAGACCCCGGUGCCUGGCAAGGGUCCCUUUGGCCGAGAGGAGCUUCUACGGCGCAAGCUCAUCCACGAUGGGUGUCUGCUCUGGAAGACAGCAACUGGGCGCUUCAAAGAUGUGCUGAUGCUGCUGAUGACAGAUGUGCUGGUGUUUCUCCAGGAGAAGGACCAGAAGUACAUCUUUCCUGCCCUGGACAAGCCCUCGUUGGUAUCACUGCAGAAUCUAAUCGUGCGGGACAUUGCCAACCAGGAGAAAGGGAUGUUUCUGAUCAGCGCGGCACCCCCUGAGAUGUAUGAGGUCCACACGGCAUCCCGGGAUGACCGGAGCACCUGGAUCCGCGUCAUUCAGCAGAGCGUGCGCGUAUGCCCAUCCAGGGAGGACUUCCCCCUGAUUGAGACAGAGAAUGAGGCUUACCUGCGGCGUAUGAAGAUGGAGCUGCAGCAGAAAGACCGGGCACUGGUGGAGCUGCUGCAGGAGAAGGUUGGGCUGUUUGCCGAGAUGACCCAUUUCCAAGUGGAAGAGGAUUGCGGCAGCGGGAUGCCCCUGCCCACCCUGCCCAGGGGCCUUUUCCGCUCUGAGUCCCUCGAGUCCCCUCGUGGCGAGCGGCUGCUACAGGAUGCCAUCCGUGAGGUGGAGGGCCUGAAAGACCUACUGGUGGGGCCUGGAGCGGAGCUGCUCUUGACACCCCGGGAGCCAGCCCUGCCCGUGGAACCAGACAGCGGUGGUAACACGAGUCCUGGGGUCACUGCCAAUGGUGAGGCCAGAACCUUCAAUGGCUCAAUUGAGCUCUGCAGAGCCGACUCGGACUCCAGCCAGAAGGAUCGAAAUGGAAAUCAGCUGAGAUCUCCCCAGGAGGAAGCGUUGCAGCGACUGGUCAAUCUCUACGGACUUCUACAUGGCCUACAGGCGGCUGUGGCCCAGCAGGACACUUUGAUGGAAGCCCGGUUCCCGGAGGGCCCUGAGCGGCGGGAGAAGCUGACCCGAGCCAACUCCCGGGAUGGGGAGGCUGGCAGAGCCGGAGCUGUGGCUCCUGAAAAGCAAGCUACGGAACUGGCGUUGCUGCAGCGGCAACACGCGCUGUUGCAGGAGGAGCUGCGGCGCUGCCGGCGGCUUGGCGAAGAGCGGGCAACUGAGGCCGGCAGCCUGGAAGCCCGGCUCCGGGAGAGCGAGCAGGCCCGAGCUCUGCUGGAGCGGGAGGCUGAAGAGGCUCGCAGGCAGCUGGCCGCCUUGGGCCACACAGAACCACUCCCGGCUGAGGCACCCUGGGCCCGCAGGCCUCUAGAUCCUCGACGUCGCAGCCUCCCUGCAGGCGAUGCCCUGUACUUGAGUUUCACGCCCCCACAGCCCAGCCGAGGCCACGACCGCCUGGAUUUGCCUGUGACUAUUCGCUCCAUCCAUCGACCCUUUGAGGAUCGAGACAGGCAGGAGCUGGGAAGCCCGGAGGAGCGGCUGCAAGAUAGCAGUGACCCCGACACCGGCAGUGAGGAGGAAGGUAGCAGCCGUCUGUCUCCGCCCCAUAGUCCACGAGACUUCACCAGAAUGCAGGACAUCCCGGAAGAGACUGAGAGCCGCGACGGGGAGCCUGUAGCUCCAGAGAGCUAAGGGGGCCCCUCCCCCCUACCCUGUGUCCCCUUGAAGAACAUUGCUGAGGGAGGCAAACCUUGGGGACUCCAAUCUGCCAGUGACAAGGGAACAUUUGAAAGAACUGCUGAUUGUUCUUGCCAGCUCUUGGGAUCCUUGGAUACUGGAGCUUAGGGAGCUGGGGGAAUUAGGCCACAGUGCCCCCUGGUGGCAUCCAGAAGCUACACCACAGAUGCCAAUUUUUCAUGCCUUCCUCCCUCUACUUUAGGAAAAUUUAUUUAUUUAUUGUUUAUUAGUUAUGGAGGGAGAGGGGAGAUUUAAAGGACCAGGGACAUGGGAACCAAGCCAUAGGGAUCGGGGGCCUUGUCCUUUAACACUACUGGGGUUUCUUCAGGCUUAACCAUGCAGCUGCUGGGUUCUAGCCCUGAUGCCUCUCCCCAGCAACACCUGUCUUUGAGGAGAGGCUGCAGCCAUAGGACCCUACUGCCCCUUCAGGAAGGGCUGUGGUCAGGGCCAUGUCCCUCUCCCUCUCCCCUCAACCUCUUUCUGCUCUUCUCCCUUCUCUCCAUCUUCCAUGGAAACCCCAGGGAGAUAACCUGGCUUCCUAGAGUUGAUGGAGUAGAGGUUGAGGUGGCCAUAAUGGUUUGUUGGGGGUUGAGGGGGAAAAACUCACAGGGACCAGAAUGUUUUUUUGCUGUUGUUUUCUUUUUUGUACCAAAGCCAACUGCACGUGUUUUAUAUUUUUAAGAGAAGAUUGUGGCAAUUAGAAAUCGCAGCCUUCUAUCUCUACAUCUCUGAAGAACUCAAGGGAUGGGGGAAGCAAUGACUUCUCCCCUCACCUGUAGUGAUAGGGGACCUAUUCUGACCUCUUCCCCAGCCAUUUGGAAAAAAAGUUCUAGGGUGAGUUGGGAAAUCUCUACGAACCCUGACCUCAUCCCCCACCCCAGCAACCAUGACCUGAAACCUCAGCAUAAAUUUUGGGGAUUUUUUCAAUGGCCCCCCUAGUGCCCGCUAGCCCCAGCCAGUUUUUGCCAAUUUGAUUGUUUAAAAAAAAAAAAGAUAAAGCAGGGAAAAUUAAAGACCUGGAACCCCA